AAAAAAAAAAAAAAAAAAUUGUAAUACUUAUGAACGUAAACCUCUUCAAGACGCCAAUCAACAUGUCUCAGCAAAGUAUACUCGUGACGGGAGCUACGGGCAACCAAGGUCAAGGUGUGGUGCGUAGCUGCCUAUCGUCGACCACCUAUAAAGUCUACGCAUUGGUGCGAGACCCCUUAAGGGCAGCGGCCCAAGAUCUGGAGAAGCGCGGCGCAGUUCUCGUGAAGGGGGAUCUGGGCGACUCGGCCUCGCUCGCGGCCGCGCUGGAGCAACUCAAGCCCACGACGGUCUUCCUGAACCCUCCUCCCGGAUCUGAAGCCGCACAGCUCUCACACGCCCGUAACGUUAUCAAUGCCGCGAAGGCAGCACCGUCCGUUCAGACAAUGAUCUACAGUAGUGCUUCGGGUGCGGAUCGACCUGAGAACUUCCCCAAGGACCCCGCCAAUCCAAUGUACGAAUAUUGGAUAACCAAGAACGAGAUUGAGAACCUCGUCAGAAGCGCUGGCUUUCCGAAUUGGACAAUUGUUCAGCUGGGUUUCUUCAUGCAACUUUUCGUGCCGCCUGUGUCAAAUCACAUGUUUCCGGAGCUCUGGGGCAGCAAUGAUGGGAGACGAGUCAUCAGAACAGCAUUUUGGCCUGAGACAAAGCUCCAUGUUAUAGACGGCGGCGAUAUUGGCGCUGUAGUUGCUGUUGCGCUUCAGAAACCGGAAGAAUUCAGGGAGAGGACCGUCAACUUGGCGGCGGAGGCGCUGACCACGAGCGAGCUGGCGAAGAAGAUCGGAAAAGCCAGAGGAGAGAAGAUUGAGGUUGUACACGAGACAGCAGAGGAUCUAGCGAGAAAGUUGGGACCAAUGGGCCCACGAUUGGUGGCUGCUCAAGAUUUGUUCAAUGAUAUUGGGUUUUCUAUCGACAUUAAAAGAAAUCAAGAGGAGUUCGACUUGACCAGCGUCGAGGACUUCUUCAGCAAGGCCGAGGUGUAGAAGGUAGAAUAGUCGAUAUGGAUAUAGAAGACGUUGCUCUUUUAGUGAAUUCGUGUGAAAUCUUGGAACAUGUUUCCAUGGCUAUAAACAUCAAUCGACUAUUCGCACC